UAAUUACAGCACUUUAAAUGAAGCAAUUUUCCAAUUUUCCAAAAUCAUGGAAAAACUGCAUUUCUCCUCUCGAUUUGACACAUGUAUUCCAGAAGAAAAACGAGCAGGAGUACCAAACCCAUACUAUGAUUAGUUUAUGGCAUCCUUAGGCUUUCGAAAUCAAUCAUUAGAUAUGGAAGAAUUGAAUUUAUGCAUAGCCAUAAGAGCGAUUUUGUCGAUAAGCCUCCAAAUUGUUCAAAAUAUGUGGUUUUGGAAGAAAUCAUUGCCAAAAUCCGUUAAGUGAUAUCGGAAUUCUCAAAUGUGAUAGUUCAUAGAUUUGCUAAGGCCAUAGGGCAACUAACUCAAGCUAUAGUUACAACUUUGCAUGGAUAUAUGCAUAUGAAAUACUCAAUCGAAAAAGCCUUGCCGCGUUUUUGGAUAUGGAGUAGAUAGAACAGUUUUUUGGGGAUUCGAAGCCCGUUUGGAGCUGUAUAAGUAAAAUUUGAAUAGGGUUUUGCCUUUAUAUAUUAGAAUUAAUGUAUUUUGAGUUCAUUUGAAUAGAUUCGAUCUAUAAAUUGCGGGUAGAAAUCGCCAAAAACGGUUUGUAGCGACCAAGGUCGCAAAAUAUGAGUUCGGGCAUUAUUAGUGGAUUUAGGUAUAGAAAAAUAUUCGCGAACCAGUGGGAAAGAUAUAAAACAACAUGAAAAGUCACUUAUGCAUCAUUUUAGACCUAUCCGAAUGUCAAAUCUUGAUAAAACAUAGCAAAUUUGGCGAAGAAAACUAUGUUGUUCAAAUGCGAGUUUCAUCCAGGUCAAAGAACUGUUUAUAUGGUGAUAUAAUUGAACGAAAUUGGUUUCAAACUGCUUCACUAACCAUUGUAUUUUUUAGGUCUGGUCAUUCUCUGAACUCUCCACAUGAAUAUACUUGAAUACAAUGCAUCAGAAGAAAGUUAUACCGUUUUAACGGCAAAAUUGAAGCAUUUUCGGGAGUCUUUCUCUCGUAUAGCUGUAACUAGCAAACUGAUGGUCGGAUUUGGCUCAAAUUUUGACUGGAUUCCUAAAAAAGGUUGUAGUUUUCGAAAAUGAUAUGGGUUUGACAUUAGUGUUGCCACUUGGUGGUUAGGCUCGGGACUUAUUGACCGAUGUGUUACUUCGCAUAUGGGCAUAAUUCGGUAUAAAUUAACGCUCUUUAUGGUUCGACGCAUAUCAAAUUCCAAUUUAAUCAAGAGUUCGCAAUAUCAGUUAAAAAAAAGAGUUCCAAAUUUUGGUUGAAAAGCUGCCAAUUUCACAUUGAUGACACGGAAAAAAAACUGAACACAUUGAAUGCAAAUUGAGCAAUGAAUGUUGCCGUUCAAGUUCGCGUUCGAAAAACAAAUGCAUGAUCAAGACUCACUUCUUUCAAAGUACCGACUUUCAAGCCACCUCAUGAUCAUAUUCAGUAAUUCGGUUGUUUUUUUUCUCGGUCUGUCCAUCUGUGUUCUAUUUAGUGUGAUUGCGUUCCUAUUAAACUAUUCAACAGUACACACCGAGUUGGUGUGUAGCUCGCAACUAGCGACUGUACCGUAGUCAUAAUUUGUUUUGCUCUUUAUUCAUGAGAGGUCGAAUCGAUCCAAAGAGAAAAAAAAUCGAAUAGAAAAUCGUGCACGAUGUCGUGCAAAGCGACGAUGCGCAUGGAAAAUAAACAAGCGCGAGUUGAUUAAACGGCGUCGCUUUGUGAAAAAAAGGUAAAGGUGCAUUUUGGAUGAGCUGUUUGGUUUUUAUUGCUGUUGAUUUUGGCUCAAGUCUUUAAUAAAGACUGUUCAUUGAAAGGAAUGCGACCAAACCGCAAAAAAAAAAUUUGCACAUUUGCAUUAAGAAUUGAACCAAAUUUUGAGUCUUUGGCUCAUUUUGCAAUGAUUAUGCUGAUACAGCAUUCCCACUUGAAUAAUAAUGAACCCAAAGAAAAAAAAUUAUUUAAAAAAAAUACCAAAAUUUUGCUGCGACUUGAAUUUUAAAUCGGUUUGUUUGCUUAUUUGGUCAAUGAAUUUGGCUUCGUUCAUGCUCUAUUGAACACAUUUGAAUUGAAAAAAUAUGUUGUAGCCGAUAAUUAAAAUCAUUUGCAUGCAGAAUAUGCAUAAAUUUGUGACUCGAUUUUUCCAUUCGUUUCAGUCGAAAGGGAAUGUGACAUAUUCGACCAGUUCCUGUUCCCUUUUGUACGAAUGCAUCGAGCGAAACAAUUUGAAAAUAAUAACAGCAAACAUUAAAUAGCACUUCAGUGAGUGCGCGACUCACACACUCGGCCACAAUCUAGAUUCAAAACGCAACGUUUGUUUUUCAAUUCGAUUGGAUUUGUUCCGCGUAUAGAUGCAAUUCGAUGCUCAGUGUGUGCAGUGAGGCACAGGGAGAAAGAGUAAAAGAGAUUUGGUCAUUGUGCCUCACCUUUUUUUCCCAUUGUAAAAAGUCAACUCGACGGCUGCUUUUUGGGAUUUUUCUCUUGUUCUCUCUCGCAUUCGUAACUCGACCUAAUCGGUUUGGUCAUCGAUGAUCGUUUGCUACGGCCACUUGGUACGCAUCAACAUUCCCAUCUUUAUCGCACAACACGCACAACACAUUCAGGUGUAGAGAGUGCGAAAGAGACAGCCAGCUAAUAGAAGCAGAGAGAACGUGUACACGAGAUACAUGCAAAACCAUUCAAUUUAAGGUCAAAAGCAUUUGAAACAAAAGAGACGAGCCGAGCCACAGCAAAGAUCGACACGAACAAACGUUGUUACGCAUGGUGUUGUUCCGAAAACGAUGUCGUUUCAAAUUUUUCUACCGACAUGUUCUACCGAACCAACACCAACAACUGUGUCUAUCUGCAGGCAUCGUUCGUACAUACAAUGUCUCUCUCUCUCUGUGUCUAUGGCUGUGUAUGUGUAUACUAUAUUCGGAAAUAUAUUGUCAAUGCACACAUACACACAUACCGCUCCAGUAUACACAAGAGCCCAUACGUUUGCCUGUGUGUCUCUUCUUGUUCCAUGUACCGCUUAGCAAAGCACUCUGCUAUACGAAGGCAAAAGAGGCAAACAGCAACACCGAAACAUACACAACAUUAUAACACAAUCUAAAAUAAUACAUGCUCAGUUGUUUGGAGUCAGUGGUUGUUGUUUCUCACUCAUUGUCUCUCUCUCCCUCUUUCGCACACACUCGGGCCCAUACAAUAAAUUUGACUCUUUACGCUCUUUCUCUUUCUCUAUAUGUAUACACUGUGUGUACGGGUUCGCCAUUUUGAAGUUUCGGGCGAGUCACUUGCGUUUCGUGCUCAGUAGUACAGUUUUAUUCUCAUUCAUUUGUGUCCGAUCCAACUUUUUUAUGUGUCCAGUAUUUUUAUAUCGAUUUAUUCAUUCUUCGAUACUAAAGAAAAGCGAAAAGUUUUUUUUACAUCGCAUUCAAUGAAUUGAUUCAUUUUUCAAAGUCGACAAACAAAAAAAUAUAUUCACGUAGCAAUUUCAGUUCAGUUUGCAUUCUAUCGACAAAACAUACAGUGUGUUAGAGAUUACAUAUUGUUCGAUUUUUUUUCAAUUGAGAAAGAGAGAGAAAAGUGGGUGCGAUACGUGUUUUUUCCCUUCGGUCGACUAAAAAAGAAUACGAAACAAGAACCGCGCACCAAAUUCACUUGAGAAAAUUGUUGAUUGAAAAUUCGGAAUUUAGUGUACGUGUGUGCACAUUGGAAAAAUUAGUGAAUUGAUACUGGAAUACGACAAAAAAAAAAUAUAUUUCACAUCACGUCAUUCUUUACUUUUUUUGUCAAAGGAAUUUUGUGUGUGAAAUUUUUCUUUCAAGUGACAUACAAAAAAAAAAACAAUUUUUGUGUGAUUCAAUCACCACAAAUUUUUUAAUUGAGAAAAUAAACGAGAAAAAAAAAGUUCAGACAAAAUGACGACCCAUUUGCAACAAGGCACACUUCUUGAUGUUUUGAAGAAGAAGAUGCGCCAAACGAAAGAAGAAAUGGAGAAGUAUAAGGAUGAAUGUGAAGAAUACCAAAAACGUUUACAAGGCGAAAUCAUUCGCCGCGAAGAAGCUGAAUCUGAAGUAGCCGCUCUCAAUCGUCGCAUUCAAUUGCUCGAAGAAGAUUUGGAACGUUCGGAAGAACGUUUGGGAUCAGCCACAGCCAAACUCUCAGAAGCAUCUCAAGCUGCUGACGAAAGUGAACGGAUACGUAAAGCGCUUGAAAAUCGAACUAACAUGGAAGAUGAUAGAGUAGGCGUGUUGGAGCAACAAUUAGCGCAAGCAAAAUUAAUUGCUGAAGAAGCCGAUAAAAAAUACGAAGAGGUCGCACGUAAGCUAGUCCUCAUGGAACAGGACCUAGAACGCUCCGAAGAGAAAGUCGAACUAAGUGAAAGCAAAAUCGUUGAACUCGAAGAAGAACUCCGUGUUGUUGGCAACAACUUGAAAUCUCUUGAAGUUUCGGAAGAAAAGGCUUCUGCUAAUCGAGAAACGAACGAGGAACAAAUUUUAGCACUCAAAAAGCAAUGUGCCAGUGCUGAAGCCCGUGCUGAAUUCGCUGAGCGUUCAGUUCAGAAAUUGCAAAAGGAGGUUGACAGACUUGAAGAUGACAUUUUAGUUGAACGUGAAAAGAACAAACUACUUCAAGAAGAAAUGGAGGCGACCUUGCAUGACAUUCAAAAUAUGUAAAAGCCACGAUGUGAGGGAAAAAAGAAAGAGAGAAACAAACAACAACCUAAGACAGAAUCAAACUAGACACAUUUUUUUUUCUUUCCAAUUAAUUUUUCUUCUCGAAAAUGAAAAACAAUUGUAUUUUGAUUAAUAUCCGGAUGAACGAAGCAUAAACAUAAUGCACGAAAUGUAUUAUAUAGACAAAUGAUUGUAUUCAUCAUUGAAACAAAAAAAAGACAUUUAUUUGCACGUAGCACUUUCACCUACAACAACAAACUGAAAACAAAGGGAAAUUCACGUAAUUAAGCGAAGAGAAAGAAAAAAGAGAAUAUUUAAUUGUAUAUCUUGAUUCCCGCAAGUUUAUUCUUUUGAUAAAACUGUUUUUUUUUUUGAUAGAAUUUAAGCAGAGAUUGAGAAAGUGAGAUGAGAAACAAAUACGUAUCUUCCAUUAAUAACCGUAAAACCAUAACAGUAAGCGCGAAUGCCAUUUAAUGUUUCAUUCAAAUCAUCAAUUGCGAAUAAUUAGAGCAAAAUCCAUAUAGACGUUUUACAUUCCAAUGGACAAAAGACAUUCAAAAGGAUGAAAAUUCCAAAAUUUUCAAUUCCAUUCCGAAAAUUGAUUCCGAAUUUUUUCGCUGCUUUUUUCUUCUUCAGAAUUCCACGACUAAAAAUCAAAAUAAAAUGAAUUAAAAUCAUUCCAAUUUUUUCUCCCAUUCAAUGUGAAUCAUCUUUUCUUUUCUACUUAAAAAAACAAUUUGUAAUUUUUUCCACGGUGAUGACUGUUCAAGUCAUCAUCAAUCAAGUGACUGUUCUGAGGCUUACAGUCUUCUAUCGGCAAUUAAGAGAAAAAAAAUUCAAUUUUUUCGCUCAUACAAUGCAAAAACAAAUCAAAAACCCUUUCAACUAAAUUACUUUUAUAUAUGUCGAUUGAAUCAAGCCUUGAGUGUACGUGUGUAUGCAGGGCAAGAUAUAUAGAAUUAUAUUUAUAUACUAUUUAGCAAUUAGCAAGAAAGAACAUAUUGAAAUUGAACAAGACACGCAGAUUAUUUACUUUUCUACAAGCAUAAAAAACCGUAUCAAUUCUUCUAUUAUUUUUUCUUCUUCUGCGAAAUAAUGGAAGAGAGUAGACUUAGAUUAACACACAUACACACACACACAAAAAAAAAAUAAACGAAAGAAAAAGAGAUAGCGAGAGAAGAAAAAAGUAAGAAAUUUAUCAAUUUAUUUACAUUUUUUUUUGAUCAUAUCGAGAAUAUACUAAAAGUGGCUUAGCCACUCAUUUAUUUUUACUUUUUCUAAUAAUAUUUUUUUGAAUUUAAUUUUCUUGUUUGAUUUGAGUCAGUGAGAAUUAAAUGAUUUUUUGUCCUUCCAAAAAAUUGAUUGACCGAGUUUUUAUUUUGUAGAAUUUGGAAUUUUUUUUUGGGUUUUUGAAUCAAAAUGAAUAUUUUUCUUUGGUUGUUUUAGCAUUAAAAUUGGAUAGAUUGUUAAUUUUAGAAGAAACACGUUCAUUUUAUAAUCCCAUUGUGAGUUGAACGUUGAAAAAACCCACCAAAUGUAGGGAAAAAAACCCACCAAAUGUGAGAACAUCGUGAAUUCAUCCAUACACAUAUACAAAAAAGACAUCCCAAUUUUGGAGAAUUAAACAAUAUAUGUUGAUCCUGUGUACUCCACUUCAAUGUAUCGAGAGAAAAUACGUGUACUCCUGUACUCCACCUCAAUGUGUCAAUAUCCGAAUACAACUUUUGAGAUUUAUUGAUACAUUUACUUAUUUACUACACAUAAAUGAACAGAUGAAUUUAUCAAGGAACGUGAACGAUAUGCCACUAUUGGGGAUGACUUGGAUCUUGCAUUUGUUGGUCAGCUAAUCGAAUUGCACUUAUCUCAUACAUUCAGUAAAUAUUUUCGAUUCGAAAAUAAUGUGAUUCUGAUUUGAACUAUGCAGAACUUAUUGGUGUGGAAAUGGUGUAUAACGAUAGACAUCCAAAACCACCAACACCGAUCAAACCGAAGUCACCAACACCACCACCAAAGGAACCAACACCAGGCACGGCCAAUCGAACUAUUUUAAUCGAUCAAAUACGAUGCAUUGGCGUAUGCUGUAUACAUGCCGAUUAUGAAUUUGUUCAAAUUUUUGUACUUUUUUUAUUCAAAAUUUCGAAAUGUUUGCUUGAAUUGUCAUUUUCGGCAAAUUUUCUUCCAUCAAGACGACGAAAGAGUUCGUGAACACUUUUUAGAAGAAAAAAAACAGUUUUUAGAAAUUCCAAUUUUUUCAUCAAUUUGAUAAUUCCCUAAGAAAUUGGCAUUUGUAUGACCGUCGAUCACUGACCGCAUUCGUAUUUGCAUCAUAUUUGUGUGAUUGAAGCUCAAUGUGCAAAGGUCUUGAUUUCCAAUACGCAAAUCGAUGGCAUAACUAUGAAAAAUAUUGUACAGAGGCUGCGCUUGUUGCUGCCGUUGGUCCCGAUGGCCAACCAAUUGUUCUUGGUGAAGAUGGACAACCGAUUCCAGCCGCUCCUGCCGCUCCCGAACCUGAACCGAUACCAGAAGUAUUGAAUGUGUUGUUUUUCGUACAAACCAAUUGAUUGUACUGACUCAUUUUUUGUAACACAAAUUAAAGCCAACCACGCGGAUGUUCCAUGGCGUUGAAGUGCCAAUUGUUAAAGGACCACCACCGGCAUUCGAAUUUAAUAAGGAUUUGCCACCAGAAGGUGAAAUUUGCGAGCAAAUUCAGAACGAUAUACCAAAUCAGUUUAUCGACUCGCAUUCAACGCUUUUUCAUAUAUUUUUUUCUAAAAAGGUGCUGAGGUUCCAUUCGUAAAGAAUUACACACCUCCACCACCGGAACCAGAACCAGUGCCAGUCCCAGAAGGGGCCGCUGAACCAACUGCCGAAGGCGCACCAGCAGCUGAAGGUGAAAGCCACAACGACUGAAUGGAUACGAGCAGUCAUUUGAAUCAAUUGAUUGUCAAAUUGUUAUUAUGCACUGGGAAUUGAGAUGUUUAUUUUGGGGAAUUCGAUUGUUUUAGUACUCUUUGCUAUUUUCAAUUCUUAUCGUUUUUGAGACAUGCCAAGGAAUAACGCGUUCAAAUUUAGAGCCUACUAUGAAGUAGAAUGACAUGCCAAAGGUAUAUCAAGAUAUUUCAACGAAUGAUAUUUUGACGAUCACAAUCGAAUUCAUUGAAUAAUAUCUCUUUUUCAAACGCCAUGAAAAACCGUGUGAAUAAGUGAAAUAGUUAAUUUGACAGUUACUUGAUCCAAAAUGACGAUGCCACUGUAUUCCAACCGUUUUGUUUCGAUAUGAGAUCUGAAAAUUGAAAACUAAUUGGAAUGUUGAAAUAAGGCGCUCCACCCGCUGAAGGAGCAGCCCCAACUGAAGGUGCACCCGCUGAAGGAGCAACCCCAACUGAAGGUGCUCCACCUGCUGAUGCCGCUGCUCCACCAGCCGAAGCGGCUCCUGCAGAACCGGCCGCACCGGAAGCUCCGGCCGCUGAGGCUCCACCUGCUGAGGCACCAGCUUCAUAAAUACUCAGUCUCCACCAUCAUAAUUAUGGAAACUGAAACCGCUUGUCAAAUUGAUUUUUCUUGCUUUGCACGUGCCUCCUUUUAACGCUUAAAAUAAAUUUAAAACAAAUAAACAUUCGCUUUGACAUGAUUGAGUGCUUUUAAAGGUAACUAUUUGAUGAGCAGCACUUUGUUGUUGUUUGGAAUGCUGUUGCGAAAUUAAAAACCCGCUGCUCAAAUCGAAUUAUAUUUUUUUUACACUGAACGUCGAUUUUGAAUUUGAUUCCUAAUUUUGUUUUUGUUCAUUUCUUACUUUUUAUUUUUCUGUUGGUAUUUUUAUCGUACGAAUUAAACAGACGAACUCGUUAUGGAGAAGGAAAAAUACAAGGAUAUCGGAGACGAUCUCGACACCGCCUUCGUCGAACUCAUCCUCAAGGAUUAAGCGACAAAUGCAUCAACACACAGCACUUUCAAUACUGCGUCAAAACCUGUAUUAUCAUUUUAAAUGUGAAAUGUUUGCAUUUCACCAACAAUUUAAAUUAUUUUCUCAUUAUUUUUGAUUUAAAUUCUGUACUUUAAUUUAUACAAGCAAACAAAAAAUUAAAGAACAUCCAUUUUUAUUUUCAAUCAGUUAAAAA